AAUAUUGGUGUUAGCAUUAAUUUAAUGCUAAUACUAAUGCUAAUGCACGACCCCUAGUCAAAAAAGUUGGUGAAAUGUUACCGUAAAGAGUCUAAGAGAAGGCAUGAAUCGGAUUCCUGGUAUCCUCAUGAUAUAGUACCAAGACUUAUAAACUUGGCAUUCUGUCGUGGCAUAUUACUUUCUUGCUAAGAUUUUAGCUAAGUUUGGCUAUGAAUUUCAAUGGGAUUUUGCUAUGAAGAUGAUGAGAAGGUCUUGUUAAAACCUUUUCAAUUUAUGUUAAAGUCUUCUUUUCUACAUAAGAUUCGAUCUAAUCUUUGCUGAAUUCUGAUAUUAUCGUGUCAAUAUCUCAUGAAUGUAACGUGCCCGUAGCAUGCAGUGUAUGCAUGAUACUUUCCUCUUCUUACUACUUCUUCUCAUCUUAUGUAUUGUCCUUAUCUUUCUGUCAUUACUUCGUACAUCAUGUUGCACUUUGUCCUUCUCUUCCUUUCUUCUAUCUGAUGGAGGAGUAUAUAAGCGUAUGCUUUGUAUGUAAACGAUGCGGUUAUAGAUAGGAAGAAAUAUAAUAAAGCGUAGUUCCAUCAGCGCUAGUUCUUCUUCCAUCUAAAAUCGUCACAAUGAAAGAUCAGUGUUUUGUCUUCUGAGAAUGAGAAAUGCUUGUUCUUGAAAAUCUAUUGAUUGCAUCUUGGAAAAUUUGGAAAAGAAUUCUUUUUUGCAAGUAUACAUCCGAUUUCUGGUAUUCUGACGAAAUCUUGUUAGAAUUUUGCAGUUCAGGAUUCAUCAGGUGACGGUUUUAUUCUUCGUUAUGCUUCUACUUUUGUAUAAUGAGAACUCUAAACCAGAUUCUCGUAUGAGGAUUUUGAACAUAUAUUUCUAAAAAUCGAAUAACAUAGUGAUGAUGAAGAAAUCUUUGUAUCUUGAAGCAUUCGCUGAUUUCACUUAUAAAUAGACGAAUAGAUCAGAGACCGAAACGAGUCAAAAAAAUUCAACUCGACUCGACUCGACUCGACUGAACCAUUCAAUCGACUCGGCUCGACUCGACAUGCAUCUGAAAAACAUCUGACUCGGCUCGACUCGAGCCGAGUCGAGUCGAGCCGCCGAGUAUCGAUUCAAAAUCGAAUGUUUAGAAGUACAUUCUUAAUAUCAAGAAUGAGAAGAAAUUUAGACACACAUUUCACUUGUAUCAUAGUGUUGAAACAUCCAUGUCGGACCAUACGAAAAGGAAACCGUCAGCUUCAGGAAAUUGCGGCAAUUUCUUGAAAGCAGUAUUUGAGACUUGGAGAUCUCAGAUUUUUUUUCUGUGUCUUCCCAUUAAAAUCCUGUCUUUGUCGCUCAAAGAUGGUCGGAAGUCAUCGAAAAAGUCCUUCGCUCUCUCCACUUGAUGUACUGCUUUGAUUUUCUAUCGAUUUUCGGAGGUUCUCUGUCAGAAACAGAAAUUUUCUACAAGGUUUCUACUCGGUUUGAGAGCUUGGAAUUAUCGUCUCGAAUAAUUCUGAAUCAUUUUCUUGCGCGAUUUCGGCAAUACUGCAGGCCGAUUUCUUCUCCCCAUAAAUGUUCCAAGACUAUUCGAAACGGUCCUAUUGGAUGGAAUGGUUAACAUAUUUCAUCGAUUUCAAUAUUCUAAAUACGAUCAAAUAUUUGAUCAUAUAAACAUCCAUUCUGUUUUGAUCAUCUUUUUGCGAUAGAUAAUGAAAUAAUGCAAUACACUACUAAAUCUGUUGCACGUCGCAUGCCGAUCACUUACAUAGGCUGACGAUCAAUCAAGUCAUUGCAUUCUAAUUAAUCUUUGAACAGUCAAUAAUGCAUUGAAUACAAUGAAAGCUAUAGUGUAUAUCAUUCAUUGUAGUUUAUUUAGCGUCGUCAGUUCAUCGCUGUCUAUUCAUUUUAAUGCUUUGUUCAACCUAUUCAUUGAAAUGAAUUGACAUUGUCUCAUCUCGGUUCAUCUAACGAUGACGAUGACUAAUAUUGAGAAACAAAUGAUAGAAUUAUGAAGAAAUUUUUAAAAAGUCGAAUCGUUGGGGUCAAAUUCGACUCGACUCGACUCGACACAUUUCUCAAACUUCGCACUCGGGAUCGACUCGACUCGGCGUGAACCGAGUCGAGUCGAGUCGAUUUGUCGAGUACUCGACUCGUUUUCGGUCUCUGGAAUAGAUAGGUUAUGUAUCCAAGCUGUGAAUAUUUUAUUUUAUUUCAUUCUUCUCAUUCGAUUAGUUGAUAUUUCUCAUCAAGCAUAUGAUUUGCCAGCCUUUUCUUGGUAAUGAGUCUAAGACAGUUUUAGGAUAUACCCAAGGUAACAUUUCUCUGCCAGAGAAGCAAAUAAAAAUAUAAAUUUAAAUAAUAAAGACACUAAAAUUAAAAUAAAACACGUGACUAUGAGUUUUCUUUUCUUGCCCGAUUUUAUGUGACUUUGUGCAUUCAGUUUUCAUGAGUCUUCGUUGCUUUAGAGUACUUCAGUAUAUCGACUAUUUCAAAUUUGAAAAAAAGGUUAUUUUUUAAUGACCCAAUCGCUUAUUUUUUUCUCUUCAGUUUGAUUUUGUGCAUUUCUAUAUUAUUUUCUAUUAAUUUCCUCAUUUCUUUGAAUAUUUAUCCCUUCCACUCAUAUUACGUAGUAAACGAUUCUUUUUUGUCGCAUUUUCAUUUCUAUUUAUGCAUUACUUGACAUUUUUUUUAGGCAUUGAUUGCAUUGUUUUUCUUAUAGUUAGUUAAAAAUUAAUGUACAUGAUAGAUUGUCUACCGAAGGCAAGUGGUUGAAUAUAAGUUUGUUUUAAAAUUUUUAGUACUUUCAUUGAAAUUGGACAUGCAUGUAAAACGAUUGAAUGUUUUUUUGUUUUUCUAUUGACGUCAGCAAAGAUGAUGAAAAAGCGAAUAGUUAUAGUUAGAUAUCAUAAAUAAGUUUCAAUUAUACUUUUCAUAAGGUUCGAUCUUAUUUUGAUUUAAUUUUUGUAUAUUUCCAAUAUACAAAGUCGAACAGAUUGAAAAGAUAUAUUUUGAAAUCUAAUAUCUAAAUAUUGGAAAGAUACAAAAAGAAACACAGUUAAAAGUAGUAGAAUCACUUUUAUCAUUAUAUCUUCACAUGUUGCUUGAGCCCCUCUCCCUAGAAGAAAAGUCGAUUUUUUGUGAAAACUAUGAAAAUUCAGAUAAAUGCAUAGGAAGAUAGUAUGAAGUCAAAUCUUUUAAAAACGACAUGACUUUUUAUGUAGCACUUCAUUUUUGUUUGAAAAAACGUCUGUCAUUUUCUGCUUGAAAAAAUAUGGUUCCUGAGAUAAAUAUGAAAAUCAUUUUUGCUUUUUCUUAGUUUAUGUUUUUUUGAUUGGGCAUCCCAGCAUGUUCGAAGGAGCUUCAUUUUAGUCUAUGACUUUUUCUUCGAUUUGAGAGAGUAUGUCAAGAGACAGGGCAUGACAGAGUCCUUUCUUAAAUUGAUCUUCGUUAUUAUCAAAUAAACAAGUAGUUUUAUAAUUAGAAUGCCAUUUUUUUGAGAAUGUAAGAAUUGGGGUGUGGAUGUGGGUGUGUAUGGAAAGAAUCAGCCCACACUCACACCCACACCAAGAGCCAUACACACGUCAUUUUUGUAUCAUGAAUAAAACAUGAUGAGGAUACGUCGAAUGGUAUUUAAGCAAACUUUCUAGCUGUCACAGUUUCGAAGAUAAUUGAUAAAAAAUGUGGCAAGAAAAGUAACAGUAUUACGUUUGAAUAAGAUGUUUCACUCAAAACAAGAUAUUUUUGAUUCAAACAACAAAAAAAAUCUAGAAACUUCAAGUAUGAGUAAAUUUUUAUAGGAUCAUACAUUUUUAUAUUUGAAUUUUGGACUGACUUGUUGGUCUAAUUUUGCAAGCGCUAGUCAUAUAAAAAAUGACAAAAUAGAAAAUAAAUGAAAAUAAGGAUCAAAAUUGUAAUUUUUGUGUGUCGAAAAGUUGUUCGCUAAUGUUGACUUUAAUUUGAAACAAUCCCAAGUUCUAUAGCUUUAAAUAAAGAUAUAGUCUUAAGAGAUUCUCAAUGUAAGGCAUAAAUAUCGCCUAUCCAUAAGUUAAUUAAUUAUUGUUGAAAUUUGUAGACCCGGAAACGAACCUUGUUAUAAGCUCCAAAUGAGAGCUAAGAAUAGAUUUCUCUAUGUAAAAAAGAACGUAUUAUAAAAAUCGAUUCUAGAAGAACCACAUAAUGUGUUAAAAAAAUAACUUCUAAUGAGCAUGUGAUUUUGCAGAUAAAACUAUGAAAAACAAAAAGAAAAAAAGCAAAGCAAUAGAGAAAUUUCAGUUGUGUAGUCUGGCGAAGUUUCUUUUGUCUAGAAUGUUUUUUAAAACAUGCGUUUAACGUAAAUAUAGAAAAACAAAUUGGCAAGAAAACUAAUGAAAUAGUUUCAACUUCUAAUAAUUUUAUUUUUAAUUUAAAAAUACCUGUAGAACUAUGAACUUUUAUUCUUUUUCUCGAUCUAUGAAGAAAAUUGCAAGUUCGUUUGAACUUAGAACAAAAAAGCAAUAUAGUAAAUAAUUGAAUGUUCUCUCAUGAAGUUGCUAUAAUAUCUAAUAAUAUAUAAAGAAAAAGUUCUAUUAAAACAAAUAUGAAUAUGAUAAAGAUAUUUUUGCUGUUUUAAUUAGUUUAUUUCUAUUAUUUCAUGACUCUCUGUCUCACUCUAUCUAUUAGUCGAUAAAAGGAUGUGAGAUUCCAAUGUUUUCUAUAUAUAUAUGCAUCUUCAUAAUUACAUCUUUCAUCGAACUCAAAAAAGAUUCAUUAUUUAUUAUAGAAUGAUUAUCGUGAUCUAUUUCUCUUUCCAAGCAAAACAAAAAGAACUUUAUUUAUUUGUAUUAAUGAUUUAUUAAUUACGUACGAUGACUUACAUUUCAACUCUACUAAAAUUUUUUUUUGAAGUCCACUAAUUCAAAUAUAAGAUAAAAAGAUAGUCGAAAAGAACAGCAAAAUAAUAACAUAUAUCAAUAGUUAUUCUAUGAUAAAUUAAGUAAUAAAGAAAACCAAAACGAAAACACCUCAGUGUCAAAAGAAGAAAUCUGAAACAAGUCAAAAUUCGGAACGAUGUUGACUUUGCAAAAACUCAAAUGAACUUUUCACUUUUUUCUCUCUUAUUUUAUCCUCUCUCCUUUCUCUCUCGAUUUCAGUUCAUCCAUUACGUGGGAGUUCUAUUGAUAUUCAUCCGAAUGCUCAAUGGCAACAAAAUGGUAUCACUGUAGCUGGAGGAAAUCGACAAGGCAAUCGAAUCAAUCAACUCUCAGACCCAUUGGGUUUGUAUGUUGAUGAUGAUCAAACAAUCUAUGCUGCUGAUUAUUCGAAUCAUCGUAUUGUGGAAUGGAAACAAGGUGCAACAAGUGGCCAAGUGGUUGCCGGUGGAAAUGGACAAGGGAGUGGAGAUCAUCAAUUGUAUACUCCAAGAGAUGUGAUUAUCGACAAAGAGAGAGAUAGUCUCAUCAUAUGCGAUUUUUCGAAUAGAAGAGUGGUUCGAUGGCCUCGUCGAAAUGGGACAAGUGGAGAAAAAAUCAUCUCCAACAUCUUUUGUGUGGGUUUGACAAUGGACGAGAAUGGAUCUCUCUAUGUCACUGAUGAUGUAAAACAUGAAGUGAGACGAUAUCGAAAAGGAAAAUCUCAAGGAACAGUGAUUGCAGGUGGCAAUGGAAGUGGAAAUCGUCUCGAUCAACUCUCUUCCCCACGAUACGUAUUCGUCGAUCGAGAUCAUUCAGUAUACGUAUCUGAAUGGGACAAUCAUCGUGUGAUGAAAUGGAUGGAAGGUGCAAAACAAGGCAUUAUUGUGGCUGGUGGUCAAGGAAAAGGAAAUGAUCUUACACAAUUGUCAUAUCCUCGAGGAGUCGUUGUCGAUCAAUUGGGCACUGCCUAUGUGGCUGAUGCAGGAAAUAAUCGAAUCAUGCGUUGGUCUAAAGGAGCCACACAAGGAAGUGUCAUUGUUGGUGGACGCGGUAGUGGAGAACAAUCGAACCAACUCAAUUGGCCCGUCGGUUUGUCAUUCGAUCGACACGGUAAUCUCUAUGUUGUCGAUUAUGGAAACCAUCGAGUUCAAAAAUUCGAACUACAAUCCAAUCCAAAGUGA